CGUUCGUGCUGCUGAAACUAGGUUAGCAGUGACGUCACGGAUUCCUCUCACCAAAAUCCAAAAUCUGGCGACUGUGUGAGAGUUGUGCCAGCGUCAGUCACAGCCGUGCCCAACCGCAGAGCAGCAGGGUCUGUGCUGAUGCUAGCGAUACCCAGGCCUGAAAACUGAAGUCACGGUCGCGAGCUGGAGAAGUUUCUUGGUAUUUCUUGUGGAUGUAGUGAGCCCACAUGUCCUGAUCCAUUACUUCUGAGAUUUUGCUUCUUACUUGCUUGGAGCUCAUCCAGUCUAGUCUGCCGCAGCAGACAAACUAAAUACCUACCAUUUACACGAAUUCACCCUGUGGAUAUUAUCCACCCAAUUAGCUCCGGACAUAAGCUUUGAAUAGACUGAGGAAACCCUGCUGUAGGGAGGAGCUUCGCCAAGCCAGCAGACUCCCCGGAAAAAACAGGGAUUCACUUCAAAUUUCACACCUUACAAAAACAACCCGGAGAUAUUACAAAAAGAGAAACGGGUCCUUGAGAAUAUUUCCAGCCUAGCCUCUCGCUCGUCGACAAGAUUUUGAAGCAAAAUUUGGAGAGGUGAUUUCGCUCAGAGUGCACACUCACUUGAAGACUACAGACGGAGAAGUCUUGUAACUUUUCGAAAACAAUUUUGGUGAGAUUUUUUCUUGUCAAAGCAUCAAAAUGACUACCAGAUUUUCCACCGGUGCUUUCCGCCUCACCCUUGCCGUUGUUUGCAUCCUCCUCGCCCUGGACCCAACCAGCUCUGCUCCGCUCGCACUCCGCAUCAACGUCCCCAUAGACACUCGUAAACAAGCAUUUGUCCACCAUCGUCCAGCCCCGCUCCCCAUCUUUCAAGCAAUCGUACCGUCCCAACCAACGGGAACAAACGACAGUGAUGACGCUAAAGGUGACGGCGGACACCUUGGCCUGAAGUUCCGUGGACAGGAUUUACCCCGGACGUUCGGAGCGUAUGAUCUGGACCAGAGCCGAGGGGUCAGCUUGCUUGAGCUGGCUGCGGCGACGGACACGGACUUGAAAGAUGCAAUGGAACCCUUCAUGGCUGCUGAUACGAAUGGUGACAACAUCCUAUCACCGAAGGAGUUUACCGAAGCACCGUGGAUCUUUGAUGCUGGGGGUAUAACUCUGAUCGAUUCAGUCCCGGAGCCUUCGAUGGACGGCCCGCUUGAGACCGACAAAGAUCCACUGCCAUAAAAAAACAUCCACCAUCACCGGACGAUGUCGAACAUCUUCAAAACCAACCGCAUUGCCCAUUCGCAAAUGGGCUCACUUCAGUGGUGGGUGUAUGAAGUACCCAUCUCUUUGUGAAAGAACACUUUCUAGCAUGUUUUUAUAUUUUAUAAAGUUAUAUGCCGUUCGUGUGAAUGAACUUUUGGUGCCCAAUUGAUGCUGCAUGUGAUGACGUGUAUGACACAAUAAAUCAUUGAAAUAAGUAGGGAAGAAUCCAUUCUGAAACACGGUGGUUUUUUUUUUUAAUGUUUUUUGUUGUUGUAUUUUUGUAAACUUUUUUAGUGUGGGAAGGCUCAGGCUCAGAAUGAGUCUGUAAAGAACUAACAUUGUUCAACAUGCGUUGAAUUUCAAAUAAUAUAUAAAACUCUCUAGUUUUGCAUGCAGACAGAAAAACAUUAGAUAAGCUUGAAACUUACAGGUGAAAGACCGACGCCAUGUUUUGUUAAGAAACAUGUUUGACCUGAAAUGAUUAAGCGAAAUUUACAAAAAUAUAACUUUAAAUCAACAGUCUUUUGUUUGUUAACCCCAUAGAUAUUGCCAGUUUGUUAUAAAGGUAUUAUUUAUUCAUUAGGGUUCACUAAAAAAUUAGUAUAGCAGUCCUUAUUUUCAUACACUGAUGGAUGGGUUGUUUGCUGAUUGCCAAACAAUAACAAAAUGUUGCGGUUUUUUGUGAUAGAGAAGGGAAUUCCAUAGCCGUAAUUCCAACCAUAUUUAUAUUGCAACGAUUUGAGUUUAAACUUUCACUCUCUGAUUAGAAAACAAAACAAAUGAAGUUUAGUACUAUUUGUGUUCGAAAACCUUUUAAUAGUCUUAUAGACAGUGGACACUAUUGGUAAUUGUCAAAGACAAGUCUUCCCACAUGGUGUAUCUAAACAUAUGCAUAACAUA